UUAUGGCCGACUCUCCGACAAAGGGCGCUGAGUCGCUAGCCUCGGCGGGGCUGCCAUCGAGCGACGACGGCGGGCUAGCCUCGGCGGGGCUGCCAUCGAGCGACGACGGCGGGCUCGCCGUCGUCGAGAGAGCGUGGUCGUGCCAGCUGGGGACGGAACAGCGCGAGCUGAAGGGUGAGGACCGGUUUGCCUCGCGGCGGCUGUACGCUACGCCGGAGGACAUGGAGGCAUCCGUCCACUCGGUGCACUCCACGCAGGGCAAUUCGCGGCAGGUGGUGGUGGGCCAGGAGGACAUUAUCGUCGUCCUGGUCGCCGACGGACACGGAGGCCGCCAAGCCUCGCAGUACUGUCGCGACCACCUCCUCGACUACUGGGUCGAGCAGGCGGCGGACGACCCGUGCUCGGAGUCCCUGCUCAAGGCGUCCGAGGCGUCGUGCGAGCGGGUGCACCGGGAGAUCAAGGGCUUCACCACGGCGGGCUCCACCAUCACGAUCGUCGCCCUCAACCUUGUGCGCGGCGAGCUCUCUGUCGCAAACCUCGGAGACUCGGAGGCGUGGCUGGUGCCGCGGGGCGCGGGCGCGCCUAUCCGGCUGACUGAGGACCACCGCCUCGACUCGUCCGAGCCGGAGCGGGCGCGCGUGCUCGCCAUGGGCGGCCUGAUCGCCCACGCCAAGAACCGCAACGGCGACCCCGCCGGCCCGCUCCGCCUCUGGCCGGGAGGCAUCGCCCAGGCGCGCGCCGUCGGCGAUGCGGACGUCGGAGACUACGUGAUGGCGACGCCGUACACGCAGACCGUCGCG